AUAUAGAAACAUCGUGACGCGAAUGAAUGGGUUAUAAAUAUGCGUCCUCGUCCGCUUCGAAUUGAUCACAGCAUCAUCAGCGUCGACUUCCUCAAUCCCAUCUCGACCACAGAAUCCAUCUACAUCCGGAACUGUUUAUAGUUCUAAACAUCUACUUCGUGUCAUCGUUGAACGAAUCCCAUCAUACACAAUGCGUACCGCCCAAUUGCUCGCUCUCUCCGGCCUCAUGCUCAUGAGCAACGUCGCCAUGGGCGCCGAGCUGGAACACGACGACGUGCCCAAUCGCUGCUGGGACGUCUGCGGCCCGGUGGUAGGAAUUGCGCACAAAUGCGACAACAUGCACGACAGUGACCGCGCCGAGAUGCAGUGUAUCUGCGACUGGAAGCAGGCACCAUCUCUGAUCCCUCUCUGUGAGGCCUGUAUCGCACAGUAUCGCAGCGAACGCAACAACAGGGACCAUGAUGAUGAUGAUGAUGACGACGAUGACCGCAAUCCCCACCACAACGAUGCUUACGACAUCCUCACCUCCUGCUCCCUCUCAACAACCAGCUACAACCCAACCGCCGCAGCUUCCGCCGUUAGCUCCGCAAGCGCCAGUGGCACCGAUACAACCCCGACGGCAACCUCAUCGGGCAUCGCCGACUCCACGAAUGGUGGCACCUCGGGCAAUUCCAACAGAAACUCGGCGAGUAGCACCAACUCCGCGACGAGCGCCCAAAACACUGACAAUGCGGCAUCUGCUUAUUCGAGCCCCAAGGCUGCUUCCUUGGCUGCCGUUGUCGGACUAGGCUUUCUUGCCUGGCUGUGAACAUCUCAUGACAUGAUGACAUUACGAGAUUGGAUAUUGCUGAGAAGGGGAGAGUGGAGGAAUAAUAUGAGAUGUUGAUUCACUGCAUCGAGUGAAUAUAUGGAUCUGGGAGAAUGAGAUAUAUGAUUACGUUUCAUGCCAAUCCUUCAUAUACCCGGCUGGUCAUGAGUUAUGUUUGCUCGACAAUAUGCCCUUCCUAUUUUAACUUAUCUAUGUGGUGUAUAUUGAAUCACUCCUUUGAUAUGCAUGACCUGUGAUUGCUAAGUUCUUCAGUAUUUUGGGACUGAUACUCCCAUGUUACUCUUCUAUGAUAAUAUUUAUUAUGGAUAGUCAAAUAGAAAUUGCAGACAUUCUAAUAUAGUUCUAGGUUGUGCGGAACUACCCUAUACAUAUACUAUACCACCCAACCGAUUGAGUACUUGUUCAGCAGUUAAUUAUGGGCCUUUUUGCCUGAGUGGGAUAGGUGACUCAAUUAAAGGAAUCACACGAAGUUAUAUAUUCAGAUACAAAAGACAGAAAUGCA